CCAGCAGCCAGGAGGAUGUGACAUCAUGGAAGGGGGAGAGGGAAAGAAGACAAGACUUGCAAGGAGUUUCUCUCAUGGAAACCCCAGCAGCUGGGCUUCUCCGAUGGAAGAGCUGGAAGGAAACCCCUGAGCUCCCAGUCUUUCCCUUUCAGUUCCCAACCCACAGAGGGAACCCAUCCCUGCUGGCAGUGGCACCCCUCCUAAGAAGUCAUCAUUAAUUUUUAUGCUUCAGUUUUCUUGCGUUUGGAAAACAUCUUUCAGAAGUCCUCUUCAGUUUUUCUGCUUAGCUUUUUUUUGUGUCCUUGGAAAGCACCCUUGCCCUUGCCACCCUGGCUGGGUUGAGCUCAGAAUGGCUUUGUGCCUUAAACAAGUUUUUAACAAAGACAAGACAUUUCGCCCUCGAAAAAAAUUUGAGCCAGGGACCCAGAGGUUUGAACUUUACAAGAAAGCCCAGGCCUCACUCAAAUCAGGGCUAGAUCUGAAGGCUGUUGUCCAGCUGCCCCCAGGGGAGAACAUCAAUGACUGGAUUGCAGUACAUCUUGUGGACUUUUUCAACCGGAUAAAUCUCAUUUAUGGGACCAUGUCAGAGUUCUGUACUGAGAAGACCUGCCCCAUCAUGUCAGGUGGGCUCAAGUAUGAGUACCGGUGGCAGGAUGACUACAGGUUCAAAAGGCCAACCAAGCUAUCAGCUCCCCAGUACAUGUGCAUGCUGAUGGACUGGAUUGAGACACUGAUUAAUAAUGAGGACAUCUUUCCCACCAGGAUAGGUGUUCCUUUCCCCAAGAAUUUCCAGCAGGUCUGCACAAAAAUCCUCACACGCCUCUUCAGGGUCUUUGUCCAUGUCUAUAUCCAUCAUUUUGACAGCAUCAUCAGCAUGGGUGCAGAAGCUCAUGUCAACACCUGCUACAAGCACUUUUAUUACUUCAUCAGUGAGUUUAGUUUGGUCGACCAAAGGGAAUUGGAGCCACUGAAGGAAAUGACAGACAGGAUAUGCCACUAAGAUUCAUUCAGCGGAGCAUUUGUAAGAACAAAUUGUUCCAUGAUGGACAAGAUGAUGAUCUAAUGGCUUGCCACAAGGAAUGCAAGAGAUUCCUGUUGACGAGAACUGAUAUAUGUGGAAAUCGUUCACGUGGAUU